GCCAUGGCAGCCCCCAUCAUCAACGUUCCUAAAGGCUGUGGCCCCUCCGUGGGCUCCCUGUACUUCAACCUGUGUGACUUGACUGCAGUGUGGGGCAUCGUGGUGGAGUCACUGGCGGCUUUAGGCGUGGUGACGGCCUUCGUCCUCAUCAUCAUCCUCAUGGCCAGCCUUCCCUUCGUGACAGACAGGAAGAGGAAAGGUAUGGUGGCCCUGCAGGCCAGCUUUCUGGUCUUCACCCUUGGCCUCUUUGGCCUCUCUUUUGCCUUUAUCAUGGGCCGGGACUUCACAAGCUGCACCGCGCGUCGCUUCCUGUUUGGUGUACUGUUUGCGGGUGGUCUUGCCUGCCUCCUGAUGCAUGGGCUGUGGCUGGUGCUCCUGAACCGGCAGGGCCAGGGCCCCCGGGGCUGGAUGCUGUGUCUGGGGGCCCUGGCCUUCUGGCUGGUUGAGAUCAUCAUCAAUACAGAGUGGCUGAUCAUCACGGUGGAGAGGAGGCCAAUGACAGCCAGUGGCAGCCCUGACAUCUCCUGCAGUAUCACCAACCAGGACUUUGUGAUGGCUUUGAUCUAUGUCAUGGCCCUGCUGCUGGGCGUGGUGCUGAUGGCCGUGCCCUCGCUCACACACAAACACAAGGCCUGGCGGCGAGACGGAGCCUUCAUCCUGGCCACCGGGGUCUGCUCCAUGGCCGUCUGGGUGGCCUGGAUCGUCAUGUACAUCCAUGGGAACCAGGUGGCCGGGGACCCCAGCUGGGACGACCCCACCCUGGCCAUUGCCCUGGUCAGCAAUGCCUGGGUGUUCUUGGUCCUAUACACCAUCCCAGAAAUAUGCUCCCUCACCAAGGAGCAGGAGGAGGGGGAUGAGCAGCCCAGCGAUGGGGAACACAUUAUCUACCCAGUCAGGAGUUUGGUCUAUGAUAACAUUCUGAAGGAGCAGAACACUGCAGCAGCAGCAGCCCAUCAGAACAUGUACAUGGAGAACAAGGCCUUCUCCAUGGACGAACCCAACACAGCCUGGCCUGGGUGA